AUGGCCAGGUAUAGUCAGGGCCUACCAGAUGAGCGUCGCCGACACGCAUCGUCGUCCUCCGCUCUCCCGGUCUCUUGGUCCCAUCCCUUCUUUCCCCGGUCGCCGCCGCCGUCGUCCUCCGCCCUCCCGUCUCCACCGCGGCGCCACUUCUUCAGCUACACCGCGGUCGGCUGACUGAGGUUCCCUAAAGCCUGAAGCGGGCCUCCAGCUUCGGCACCAGCGGCGGCGAAGGAGGCGGACAUGAAGAAGAUGGAGCUUAUGAAGGAGGUAAGAGCGCACCAAGUGGCGAUUGGGGAGCUCAACAACCUGCCUCCAUCCAGGGCCGCGUACCAGAAGACCUGCAACAUCUUCUUCCGCAAGGACAUCAAAUCCGCCGUCGCGUCCCAGCAGAAGCAACUUGAUAUCGCCAAGGCGAAGCUGCAGAAGCUAGAUCAGGCAUCAUGAAGGUUCACUGCAGAAAUUUGAAAUUGCAACUUAUGCUGCUUCAUCCAUCCACCUCGGUGAAUUCUCUCUAAUUAAGUGUCUUCGGAGUGCCAGUCAGCUAGGAUGCAACUUAUAUAGAUUUCUGUGUAAUAAUGGUGUGUUUAAUAGUUACGAGUGCAAGACAAAUCAUUUCUUUCUGAAUAUGGAGACUGGAUAUGGGACUGUAGUCACAAUAGACCCAUUAUGAAGGUGAUGCGAUGAUUUGGUUGAGCUAAUUAAGCUGACCUACUA